AUGAGGAUGAUACCCACAAGUGCCGCAGUCUUCUUCGCCGCAGCAGCCAGCCUGCUGCUGGGACCUGUGCUGGCCAUCGGCAGCUCACACCCUGGCCCCUAUAUCAUGCGUACACAUGACCUUAAACCGGACGACGCCGUACAAUGGCAUGCAGUACAAGACACCGCGGCGCCUGCAGCCUUCAUGGGGCACCAAGUCGGCCACAAGACGGACAACGAGGAGGGCACUGAGGGGUCGCAAGCCACAGCACACCAGCAGAUCCUCACGCAUCAGCCCCAAGGCGACUACGAGUAUUCCACCGUGGAGAGCACGCCGCUGGACGGCGGGCCGGAGCUGCAGCCGGAGCUGAAGAGGUCGGAGGAUGGGGGCGAGGGAACGGGAGCGGUGCUUCUGAGGAGGGAAACCAGCGCGGCGCCGACGGUGUUUGGCGUCAGCAUCUGGCUGAUCAUCGCGUGGCUGGGCCUGCUGUACCUGAUGUAUAAGACUGGCUCGAUGUUCUAG